ACAGAACUCAACUUUUUACCAUCUGGCAGUUUUUAUUUUGUUUUAUACACUAGACCAGACACCAGACAAGAGCCAUCAUGUUCCAUAAAGCUAGACCUACUUCGCGCUCGAUAGCAAACACAUUCAAGAGAUUCAACUCUUCACACCACCAUGAUACACAUUCGUCUACUCCCAAGACUUUCGAAGUCAAUGUCACCAAAGUCUUUGGUAUCGCUGCUGUGGCCGGUGCCUUCCUUGUUUACAAAAACCACGAGAAGACAGACAAACCAUUAGUUUCCACUCAAUUAUACAACCAGCAGGCUAAUGGAGAACGUGAGACUUUGAGAAACGAAAACUACUUGAAGAGAUACAAGACUUCUUUUGUCAAGGAGUUCAUCAGAGACAAGGGUGGUAUUGGCCAGAGACAAUACAGAAGAAUCGCCGAUCCACAGCCUGUGCCAACCAAUUUGAUUCCAGCACAUUCUCCAUUUCUCAACGAAUAUGGUGCUGGUAUAAAGACUGAUAAAUUGGGUCCAAGAAAAGAAAGAAUCAGAGUGUACGCUCCUAUCGACACUUCCAGCUCGUAGGUUAGUCGUAGAGCUUAAGGAUUUAUUAAUUUAGUCAAGCUUUUAGUGCUGGUGGUUGCUCUGGUCAACCAUUGCACUUAGGUCAGUCCAUCCUCAGUCCAGCCUGGGAGCUGGUUAGACAAUUUAAAGGUUCUUCCUCUACAGUAGACUAUUUUUCUACCAUCAUGUUAUGUCUACCGUUUAGUGAGAUUCUUUGUGUCUAACAUAAGAGCAGAAGACUACGUCUUCUACCCAUUUCAUUGCAUUAACCGACAACUGGAAGACGAGCAUAUUUUUCAUUUGUCUUAUACGUCAUCUUCAACUUCUUUUUGUCAACAGUAUAU